UUGUCCGAAUAGUAUUAAAAAAUGUAUAGUUCGUAAGAUUUUUGUGCAAUACUAUCAAACUAUAAAAUAAAAAUGGCCCUAACUUAUAGGGCUUUAUUUAAAAAUUCUUAUUAUUUGCAAACUAUAACCAAACCGGUAAAAUGGAGUGUCGGAGAGAAAUAUCCAGUAAGAAGUUUGGCUAUUGGCACCUGUUAUCAUAAUGAAUACAACCCGAGACCCUUGCUUGCCACAAAGGAUUUAGCUUUAAAAUCUUCAAGCUUUAGACUAUAUACCACUCAAGACAAGACUCCAUCAGAUGGGGAACCAACUAAAGCGAAAGAAGGCCUUAUACAAAAAUUUAAACACAUGUACAGGGAUUAUUGGUAUGUACUAAUACCCGUGCAUGUGGCUACAUCUGCUGUUUGGUUUGGCAGUUUUUAUUAUGUUGUCAGAAGCGGUGUUGAUGUGUUAGCUAUAUUAAACACAUUGGGUGUCAGUGAAACAAUAAUUGCUCCUUUAAGAGACUCUGCUGCAGGAUAUUUUGCCCUUGCAUUAGCAUUAUACAAAUUAGUAACACCUCUGCGGUAUGCUGUAACAGUAGGAGGGACUACAGUUGCCAUUAACAAAAUGAAACAAUUGGGUUACCUCAAACCAGUACCUUCAAAAGAAAGAAUAAAAGAAAUAAUUCAAGAAAAGAAAGAUACACUGCAAGAUCGUUUCAAUGAGAGUAAAACUCAUUAUCAAGCACAAAUGAAAGAAAAACGCACUCAAGUCAUGCAGGAGAUGAAACGAUACAAAACUGAAAUGCGGAAUAUGAAAAAAAAUAAGACGCAGCCAAACAAGUGAAGUUCAACCCAUGUACUGGUAUGAAGCAGGGGAGAGAUGAGGCGCUGGCGAGAGGCCUGGCCCCGACGCUGCUCCGAUCGUGGCCAAAUGACAAGCACGACACAUUAAUUUACCUGAAAUAAUUUCAUCACCAUAAUGUUAUAUUUUUGUAAACAUAGAAUAAUUGUGGAGGAAUAUUGUCUUAAAGAAAUAUAUUAUUGAAAGUAGUAACUGGAGCA